AGAUUAUUGAAUGUGACAAACAACAACAAAAAAAAUGAAGAAAAAAAAGAAAAAAAAAGAGAAAAGAAAAGAAAAAGAAACAAAGAAAACUCGGAUAUACACAUGUUAGUUACCAUUUUGUUUUAAUAUACAAUUAUCAUUUUACAUGAAAAAAGGAUUUAUUACAUUUCAAAGGAUGAUCACUUUGCCGUUACCGGUUGUAAGAUCUUCUUAAAGAAUAACACACAUAUGGACAAGUAUUUCAACGUCUACUAGUUGAAUGGAAUAAUCACUUGAAGAUAAGAAGGUUAUUUCAAAGCAUCUAAUAUUUACUGAUACAAUUCAACGGAGACUGAAACUCCACGAUAAAUCAUGACUGAAGUAAUUCCUAAUUCAUUAAUCAAUGAAAAACCAAAACCAAAACUUCUUCAUCGUUUCAAAUUCAUUCAACGAUAUUUUUCUCAGUCAACACUUCAACAGAAACAUCUUGAUAAAUCAUCGAAAUCUAUUUUAACCCAAUCCAAUUCGAUCAAAGUGAAGCCUAUCAAUGAUGAUUCAUUUCAUUUACAUAAUAUGACAUCACCAAAAUUAUUAAAUUCACGUCGUAAUACAAAUCAUUGGACAAUGAAACAAUUUAAAAAACGUAUCCAAACAACCCAUAAUAAUCAUAAACAUAAACAGAAGUCAGCUACAUUAUCGGUGGAACCUACAAGAGAUCAGAUGACAUUACAAUCAGAUUAUCUAUAUACAACACAAUAUCAUACAUUAAAAGAUACUACUUCAGUAGUAUAUACCAAUGGAAAAGACAACUUUGAUACGUUAGAUCAGAUUCAUUUGAAUAAUUUAAGAACUAUGGAUAAUGUUUCAUUACAAUCUAUUUCAAUGAGUUCUUUAAGUUUAGAAGAUUAUAACAAUGACAAUGACAAACCUCAAAUACAAAUAACUAAUCUAGAUGAAGUGGAAUUAGAGAAUAGAAUUGCUUAUGAAAAGACUACUCCAUCAAACCUUGUUAAUGAAAUCUUGAAAGAAUCAGGUUUAGAUAAAAGUUGGUUCACUGUUGAUCAUACAAUGGAUGAUGAUGAUGAUGGUGAUGAUCAUCAGCGACAACAAGAAGAACAAGAACGACAGCGACGACAACAAGAACAAAAAAGUGAAGCAAGACAACGACAGGAAGAAGACGAAGAACGACGACGACGACGACGACAAUCGCGAAAAGAGUCAUUGAAUAAUUCAACAACACCAUUGAAUGGUCAAUUAUCAAUGUCUGAUAUUUAUUCAAUCUUUACAAGUCAUGAACAACUUGAUCAUUAUACUAAAUCAUUCCAUGAAAUGAAUAAUAAUCAUACAUCAUCUAUAUCAUCUAAUCUAUCCAAUGUAAAUAAACAUAAGACAAACUCGAAUAUGAUAACAUCAUUACUUAAAAGUAAUCUAUAUAGUAAAGGUAUACAAUUAAAACAAUAUUUAAAUAUACCGACAAAAUGUAAAACUUUACCAACGAUGGAAACUAAUUUGUCGUCAAGUGAAAAAAGAAAUUCUGCUGGAGGAUUUCAUGGACAUCAAUCGUUGUGUAGAAAUCCAAACAGACCGAAAAGCUACUUUAAUCAAGAACAUGAUCACAAUGAUAAUGAUAAUAAUAUAAAUUCAUUUGCAUCUUUAAUAUCUAAUUGUAAUGAUUAUUCAUUGAAAGAUGUGAAUUCAUCUAUUAAAUUAAAUCAAACAAUUCAUAGUAUACCAGAUACAUUAUCAAGAAUAAAAGGACAGAAUACAGAUCAAUUAUUGAAUCAUUCAACACGUCGUUCAUCUUCUUUAAUUCGAUAUCAUCGUCGUCAUGAUGAGAGAAGUUCAGUCAAAAUAAAUCGUUCCCAUUGUCAACAUUCCCAUCCACAAAGACAACAACCAUACAUUUCAAAUUAUCCUAUUGAAUAUUUAAUUGAUCAUGAUAUUACAUUACCAUAUAUGCCAACUUUAUUUAGUUCAGAUAGUAAAUCAUCAUCGUUAAGUAAAGAAAGUGGAGGAAAAAAGAUUUUAAACUUCCUUCAACGUGGAUUUCAAUCGAAAAGACCUAAAUCAAUGGUAAAAAGUGAACGAAGAAAAAUUACGAAACAUCGUUCAGGUUCCUCCUCCAAUUCUGAUCAUAAUCCUCCAGGAUCAUCAUCAGCUAUUAGUUCUGACAAGGCAAUUGUAUUUCUCGGAGAACAAAUUCGGUUGCCCACAGAACUAUACAAUGUAUUUGAAAUAAAUCCUACAGAGUCCGCCCUGACAUCUAGUAAAACAAAUCUCGAGACUACUGACGAUGUUAGCCAUCUAGUUCAAAUAUGUAAUAUUGAUCCAAGUUUGAUUGGAAGUAAUUGUAAUUACUACUUUCAAGUUAUGUCUCCAUCCCAAAGAAUGAUCAAGGCUUCAACCAUUUGCCUUGAUAGUUCAAAAAGGAAAACUGAUGAUGUUCAAUGUUCCUGCCUAGAGAACAAUGAUGAUUUCUCAGCUAUGAACACACCAAAUCACCUUCGACCUGUCAGUCAUUCUCAGGGUAACAUGAGAGAAACUGUCAAUAUUCCCUUUGUAAUCCAUAAUUAUUCAUGUCAGUCAGCUUUGGAAAGAGAUCGAUGGGUACAAUUUUUGAAACGGCUGGUCAACCCAUCUCAAGAUGCUCAACGUCGUAAAGAGAAUUGUUUGAAUAUAUGGAUUCAAGAAGCAAAAGGAUUACCUAUGAAAAAUAGAUAUUAUUGUACAAUUUUGGUAAAUGGUACAAUCUGUGCACGUACAACAAUUAAACAGAUGACAGAUAUGUUGUUCUGGGGUGAAGAGUUUGAUUUAAGCGGUCUCUCGAAUUGCUCAGAUCUAACAAUCGAGAUAUGGAAAGUAUGUGAUACCAAAGCUAGUUCUCCAUCUCAUCGUCAUCUAACUGCUUCUCCACAUCGAUUAACAACAUCGAAUCUUCGUCAACAGACAAAUACAAGUCCUCCAAUGCGUAAGGUAAUGAUGACUUGUACAAAAGCUGCAGAUGAUGGAUCAGUUUCACCUCCUGACUUUACAGCAUUGCGUAAUUCUGUCAUUCUGGAUGAUUUAUCAACUACGUGUACAAAUAAUGAUGAAGUGACUUCAAGACAAAAGCGUCGUAAAUUUAAAUCAUCAAAAAUGGCUAAUCCAUCUCUCGUAGCAACAGUCAAUAUUUCUUUAUCGGAUAUUUCUAAUUGUGGUGAAGUGGAAAGUUGGUAUACUCCAAAUUUAAAUGACUCAAUGACUCAAUCAUCUGGUCAAUUGAAACAAUCAGAUAAUAAAAACUCCGGUGAAUCCAAUGUAAAUAAAACCAAAUCCAAAGGACGACGAUCUAAUCGUCAUGAGAUCAAUUUGAAUUCAAUACAGAUUCGUGUGAAAAUUCGUUAUCGUGCUUUAACUGUUUUACCAUUAACAAGUUAUGCUCGUUUAGAAAACAAUCUAUGCCAAUUUCAACUACCUAAAACGAUAACACACACAAAUGGCACGGAUAAGUUAAAUAGUUUCAAAUUUGAUCCCAAUCCUUCAUUUAAUACAUCGAGUAAACCUGAUCUAAUCCAAUUAUUGUCCAGCUUAGAUCCAUGGUUAAAUGUUAAAGCUAAGGCUGAAUUAGCCGGUGCUAUGGUUGUUUUACAACAGGCUCGUGGACAAGUAACUGGAUUCUUAGCCAGUCUUAUAUUAUGUGAAGUCAAAAAACAAAGUGAUCCAAAUAUGGUUUUACGUGCUAAUAGUAUAGCAACUAAAGCAACAGAAAUUUAUCUACGUCUUGUUGGUGGUUCAUAUUUAUCAAAUAUUUUAUCUGAUUUUGUUCAAAUUGUUAUUAGUGGUCGACCAGUUGAUCCACAAUUAAAAACAUCUAAUCGUUAUCCAAUUGAUUAUGAAGUUGAUAUAGCUAAAGUGCAAACAUCGGCACAAUUAGCACAAAAUCAAGUUAAUCUAUUAGGUUUAGUUGAAACUGUAUGGAAACGAAUUCUAUCAAGUGAAGUUGAAUUUCCAGAGCAAUUUAGAGCGUUAUUUGUAGAGAUUCGACGUUAUCUAGAGAAUGGUUUAAAAAGUAAUAAUUCAUCAAUGAAUAAUAUUCAUAAUAAACAUUAUGAUGGAUUAAAUUCUUCUAAUUCUACAAUGAAUGAUGGUACACUAUGUGAACAUGUAAUAUCAGCUUGUCUAUUUCUACGUUAUAUAUGUCCAGCUAUAUUAUCACCUUCAUUAUUUAAUUUAAUUUAUGAAUUUCCUAGUGAACCACGUAUAUUACGUGCAUUCACUUUGGUUGCUAAAACCAUUCAAACUUUAGCAAAUUUUAGUUUAUUCAGUGGUUCUAAAGAAACUUAUAUGAAAUUUAUGAAUCAAUUUGUAACCGAUCAACUUCCAGCAAUGAGACAAUUUCUACAAUCAAUUUCAGUACCAAAUCCUAAAGCGACUUCAUAUAAAUCAUUAUUGAAUAAUGAUACAGUAUUAAAACCAAUCAAUUCUUUAUCAAAUAUUUAUAAUAAUAGUACUAUUCAUGGUAACAGUAGUAAUAAUGGUUCUAUGCCACAUUCAUUACAUAUUAUUGGUUCUGAUGAAAAUUGUUUAAAAUUGUCUACAAUGUCGAAUAAAUUUAAGAUGAAAACUGGUUCUAAGGAGAAUAAUCAUUAUAUCAAUAAUAGUCAAUCACAUCAUGGUGGAUUUAUUAAUGAUGAUGAUGAAUAUAAAGAUUAUUCAAGCCAUUCUCGGCAGUCGCCUGUUUUCACAAGUUCAGAGAUUACAAGUAAAUUAAAUGAUAUCAAAUCAAGUGUAAGUGGGAGUUCUAUGUCUCAGAAGUAUCAGUCUACAAAAUCGACAUGUAAUUCAAUAUGUUUACCUCCUCUACCAACAAAUCAACAUGGUCAUUUAGGCUUGAGAGAUCAUGUUGAUUUACCCUUAUGUUUAGCUCUAUGUCAUCUUCAAUUAUCUGAAGCAAUUGAAAAAGUUCCUGAAGAUAAAAGAAUGCCUGAUGUUAAAGAAUUGAAAUCAAUCCUAGAUGAAGUGAAUACAUUUCUUGUAUCUGGAAAAGAUCCUCAACCAAAUUGGUGGCAUAAAACAACCAUAAAUAAUAAUAAUAAUAAUAAUAAUAAUAAUAAUAAUAAUACAAAUCAUAAUAGUAGUACAACAAUAAUACCAAUAAAGGAUAAUACACCAACAAGAAAAACAAUCAGCGAAAAUAUAAACAAUGAACCUAAAACCAAUACAAAAUCACUUUGUUUUCAAUCUCAUCGAAAUAAACCUAUGAGUAAUGAUGUAACUAUCUAUGAAUGUACAAAUAAUGAUUCCAAGUUCAUCAUGAAUACUUCAUCAUCAUCAGUCCAUAAAAGUAUUAAUCUAUCCGAUGAUGGUGGUACAACAAUCUCUGUAUUAAAUUCAUCAAUCACUAGUGUGAUAUCACCUAAACAAAUUGUUUGUCCUGAUAAAAAAGAUUCUCAUCAUGACUAUAAAGAACAACAAGUUAAAACUACGCCUGAUUCAAAUAUCAAAUUUGUCAUAUCAAAAGGAAAGUAUAAUAAUUCGUGUAUACAAGAACGUGUAACACCACGAUGUGAUUCAAUAGAGAUUAUUAGAAUACCACAUUCAAACAAUCAUAAUAACUCAAUGGAUACAAAUAAUGAAGAGAUCUAUGAUAUAAUGAAUCCUACAAAUUCUUUACCUAUUGAUCAGAAUGUUUCUAAAAAAGUCACUGAAUCAAAUCAUGAUUCCUCAUCAAUGACACAACGUGAUAAUCGAAGAAGAAGAAGAGUUCAAAGUGCUAGAAAAACACAAGAACCUAUAAUUAUUCAUCAGAAUAUUGUAGAUACUGACAAUAAUAUACACAUUAGUAAUACAUUACAAAAGUCAUCAGGAAUAGAUCAUCAAAACCUAUAUAAUCAUAGUGCAUCACUUGAUAUAUGUAAUGAUAUUAUGAAUUCAGAACCAAUUGAACAUUCAGAGUUUAAUCCAAUUUAUUUAGGGAAUUCUUCAUCAUCUGGUUAUCUUACUAUUUCAAGUCAUGGAAAUAUUUUAAAUUAUCCAACUAUAGGAGAAGAAUCAGUUAUAGUUGACCCAAUUAUUAUCUCUACAUCAGAUAAUGAGAUCAUAACAUCUUUGUCUACUACUAGUACUACUGAUAUUAGUAGUAUGAAUAAUCCUUUAUAUACUUGUCAUUCAUUGAAGCAAAUUAGUUCAAUCAAUUCCAAUGAUUUUCAAAAACAAAUGACAAUUGUUGAUGAUCCAAAUCAUUCAUUGGGUCUGUGUAGUCCUCAACUGAAGAAAACUUUACAAAAUUCUGUUAGACGACAUACAUAUGUAAAUUUAUCGAAUGAUGUAGGUGAAACAGAUCGACUAAUUGAUGCUUUAAAAAAUAAUCAGUCUAAUCAUAAAGUCAAUAAUAUAGAAUUAGAUAAACGAAAUUGGGCACCACCUAUGUAUAUAUCUAAUGAACAAAGAAAUAGACGUAUCACUCUGACAUAUCCAACAUCAUAUGAGCAUGUAAACACACCAACUGAAUCAAUAAAUCAAAAUGUUCUUAAUUAUUCGGGUACAGAACAUUUAAAUUUAACUGAUUCAUUUAAGUCAUCACCCACUGAACAAGAAUUAUGUCAAAAUUCUACGCUACAAACAGAAAUUCAAAGAAUUAAAUUUAUUCCAUUGAAUACUUCUUAUACAAUUGGUGCAAUUCCUAAUAAAAGAACUGCAUUAUUUUCAUCAGAAAAUAAUACGCCUACCACUGUAAUAGAUCUUCGAAGUGAGUUGGAUGCAUCACAAGCACGUUUAGCUGAAGCUCAAGCACGUCUACUAGCUAAUGAAGCUGAACGUAUUCAAAUAUUGAAAUCAUGGCAAAGUGAACUGAUCAAACAAUCGCAAUUAAUUAAUGCAAGUAAAGCAGUCUGUAAUAAUUCACCAAUUCCUCAAUUUUCAUCGAAUGUACAACUAACAAAUACAGAAAAUAAUUUACAUUGUAAUCCUGACGAGAAUGAUUUUGAUGAAAGUGGACCUAGAUCAAUAUCAGUAAUACCUUUAUUAAAUUCAAGUGGAUUAAGAUCACAAGAUUAUUCUGAAAGUAUCUAUGAUUAUGAUGAUAGUGAAUUGAUGAAUAAUACUGAACUAACUAAACAAUAUAUUACUGAUACAAAUAUACAAUUACAUAAUAGUAAUGGGAUUAAUCGAAAUUUUGGCUUACAUGCAUCAUCUCCUAGUUCAUAUUUAAAGUCAUUGAGAGCACAUACUAAUCAACCUCGUAUGGGAGCGUCUGCAGUUGUCACAAAUUUACAUGACUAUCACGGGGCAGCACCACUAAUGAGUGAUUAUCUUCAGUCGACAAUACCACGAAGUAAAAUAAUAACCAAUCGGGGCUAUCAAUUACACAACAAUACUACUACAACCAUUACAUCACCAACUAAUACAGAAUUAGACGAAUUCUGUCGAAUAUCACGUAGUCCUUCUACACCAGGUUUAUCUAAUUCAAACUUUACACGUACUCUUCCUGUAGAUCCUGUUGGUGGUAUAAACAAUGAAUUGAAUUCAGCAAAUAAUUCAAUUGACUCUGUUACUAAUGAUCAAGAAUUCGCUAGACAAAUUCAAGCUAUUGUACAUGAGAAUAAUCAACAUUUAUAUUCAUAA